UUUAAUUCCAUAGACGAGGUCUGUGAAUUGCAUACACAGCAAAAAGAAGUUCGAAAGAAUAGUCAAAAUUUAAAACCGAAAAUGUUUCUCAAAGCGUGGAUAUUCGUAUAUAUAAUUUGUUGGGGUUUAGGGAAUAUCCCGGCAAAGGAUAUUUCUGAUACAAGACCAAAUAUAGUGUUAAUAAUGACAGAUGAUAUGGGUUUUGAUGACACCAGUUUUCGUGGAGGUAAAGAAUUUCUGACACCCAACAUUGAUGCCUUAGCCUAUCAUGGAAAAAUUUUGAAUCGUUUGUAUACACCACCCAUGUGUACACCCUCCAGAGCGGCUCUAAUGACAGGACUUUAUCCCAUACGCACAGGAACCCAACAUUACGUUAUACUCAAUGAGGAUCCCUGGGGUAUUUUAGAUAAUAUCACUAGCAUGGCUGAAAUCUUUCAGGCGGAAGGUUAUUCAACAAAUCUGGUGGGUAAGUGGCAUUUAGGGAUGGGACGCAAAGAAUUUACACCCACCUAUAAGGGAUUUGAUACUCAUUAUGGAUAUUGGGGAGCUUACAUAGACUAUUUCCGCAUGAGAUCUCAAAUGCCGAGCAAUUAUAGUUUGGGUUAUGAUUUUCGCCGUAAUAUGGAGUUGGAAUGUCCCCCAGAGGGCAGCUAUGUUACCGAUCUUUUUACCCGUGAAGCGGAAAGUAUUAUAUUGAAGAAUAAAGGACAACCUUUAUUAUUAGUGGUCAAUCAUUUGGCUAUGCAUACAGCCAACGAUGAUGAACCUUUACAGGCGCCACAAGAUGAAAUUAAGAAGUUUGACUAUAUACCAGAUAUCAGGAGAAGAACAUAUGCCGCCAUGGCCUCUAAACUGGAUGAAAGUGUGGGCAGAAUUGUCAAGGCCUUGGAUAAAACAAAUCAAUUGAAGAAUUCUAUUAUUAUAUUUUAUUCCGAUAACGGAGCACCUUCUGUGGGAUUAUUUAGUAAUACUGGAUCUAAUUGGCCUUUAAGAGGGCAAAAAAAUUCUCCCUGGGAGGGUGGCAUACGUGUAACAGGAGCUAUCUGGAGUCCCUUACUGAAAAACAAGGGCUCUAUAUAUCAACCACCCAUUUACGUGGGCGAUUUUAUGCCUACUUUAGCUGCUGCUGCCAAAAUUACCUUGGACACUUGGCAACUACAACUGGACGGCUUAAAUCACUGGCCCGAUUUGGUAACCUCCAAAACGAACACUCUCACAAGCUCCAAUAGUGAUAGGGAAAUUGUGCACAUGCUGGAUGAUAUAUAUCAAGUGAAAUCCUUUAUGAAAGGACAGUACAAAUAUAUUAAUGGCACAACGAUAGAAGGACAAUAUGAUCAUGUUUUAUUACAAAGAAAUCCCAAUAUUACCGAUCCCCGAGAAGCUUACUAUGCCAAUGUAAUACAAAAUUCUUUAGUUUCAUCAGCUGUAGCAAAAUUCGACGAAUACCCUUUAAGUGCCUCAAAAAUUCAAAGUCUUCGAACUCAAGCUGAACUAGAAUGUAAUCUACAAUUGAAGUCACCUUGUAAUCCUUUGCAAGAAGAAUGUCUUUUCAAUAUUUGGCAAGAUCCUUGCGAACAAAAUAAUUUGGCAAGAAAUCCGGAAUAUCAAGACAAAUUAAAUGAAAUGAAACAGAGAUUGGAAGAGUUAAGACAGUUGGCCAUAACACCGCGUGUAGGUGGCAGUCAAAUUAAUAAUGAUCCUUCGAGACAUGACUGUACUUGGGUGAAUUAUUUGCAAGAACCAAUAACAAAUUAUAUUUUGGAUUGCGAUUACAAUUCGCCACCUUGCAAGGUGGGAAUAUAAAAUUUGGGAGCAUUUGGAUUCUAGUACAAAACAAAAUCAAAAUGCAAGAAAUUUUGGGUGUUCUGAGAUACGAAUGAAAAUAAAUAAAAUUGUAAACAAAA